ACAAGAAUACGAACCAUUUGUUGGCGCCAAAAGAAGAGAAGGAGAAGAUGGGUUCAGCAUUUGGAUGGUACGGUCCUCUCAUAGACCUCUCCACAACCUCUUCUCGCAUCGGCGAUUUCGUUCAGCUUCUCGUCUUCGUUCACCGUUCCUUCCCCGUUCAGUGCAAAUCGUGGAAACGUGGACGCGACCUAACCCGAACCGACAUUGAAGUCGGCGACGAUACGAUGCCGUUUUUUGUGGUUUCUCUUUGGCAGAAGCAAAUGGGGUCCAUGGUAUCAGCCGGAGAUGUCGUCUUGUUACAGAAUCUCAAGAUUGCGAAGUAUGGAAACGCCGUUGAGGCCAGAACCGUUCAGUGGUCUUCGCUGCUUUGCUUGGUUCACCCUUACCAAUCACUUCUCUCAAAGGCUGUUGAAGAGUUGGUAACAGGUUGCCGUGUGGGGACAACAACAAAGGACAAGCUUAGGAGGGUCAUAAAAUGGGUGCAGCAGUCUCGGUCAACCAUUUGCAACAUUAAGUUGCAGUCCAAUCAAACACAGAAAAUAGAGCAUCUGCCUAGAAACUGGACGGUGCUUGAAGAGGAAAAGCCUAGGGACUGCUUUUCACUUAUGGAAGUCUCUCAGCUAACAACAUCCUGCAAGGCUAUAGUAUGUGCAUCGAUUGGUGAAAUUGUUCCACUACAUACCUCCAGGACUCUUGGUGAUACCAAGAAAGAGAAGGUUUUCAUUAGCAGGAGAGUUUGCAGAACUGAGGAUAACGAAUUAGUGGAUGAUCUCUUAUGCACUGGCUGCCAGCUCUGUGGUUCACCCUUAGAUUCAAAAUUUGAGCAAAAUGCUGUUCCACUGAUCUGUUGGAAAACUUCAAGCCGCCUUCACUCUAUAUGCUCGAUAUAUCGGCCCUUCUUGCUAUAUGUCUGGGACGAAUCAGAUUACAUGCCAAUUCUUGUUAAGAACAGGGCCGCAGAAAUCUUGUUUGGGAACAUCAAGGCUGGAAAAGUAUAUUCAGCUUAUAAAGAGCAAAUGAAUAACCAAAAUCUUGGUCCAAGAAACGAUAAAGAUGCCAUUGGAAGACUUGCUAUUGACCCGAGACUUUCUGGGGAAGGACUUCCGAGUACCAGUACAUUAGAGGUGGGUAAGAGCUUGCAAUUGCAGGAAAAACAUCUUCCUGAUAAGUUAAACUAUUACCGUGUAUGGUUAAUUCUUCUGAAAAUGUUGCUGAAACAAGGAAAGAACGGCCCUCUGAAAUUAGAGAUCAUUGUUGAUCCCAGCUUAGAUAUUGAAAAUGGAAAAUUUGAACUGGUUUCUGCAACAAUGCCUUGCUUUGGAACCAAAUGAUUUCACAUGUCA